GGGAGGUUUGCGUGAGAUCACUUUUAGCUAGAUUGUCCAGUCUUGCGGUGGUAUCGGUUCGAGUUGGGUCGCGUUUUCCCUUUCGUUGAAGUCGUCGCACAGAGAGGCUGCGAAGAGACAGUUGAGCCAAAAAUAAGUUAGCGUCUAGUGUCUCCUCGAAGAGUUAGUGAAUCGUGAAGCGGAAAGUGUGAUUGAGUGAAGGAAGAGAUUUGAUAGAAUACGUCGAGUGACAACCGAUUAAAUAAUACCAACGGGUUUUCUCCAUUUUAAUUCAAAGGUUACCACCCUACACAGACGCCAACUAACCAUGAAGUACACAAAAGCGCUCACGACACCGGAUGAUUACAAGUUCACGAUGUCCGACGAACUUCGUGAAAUAGCCGAGCGGGAGCUGAACGAAACGGAUGACCGACGCAACCAUGCUCUGCAAAUGCUUCGGGAUUGGGCCGAGAAAAAUCCACGGAUCGUGAAAGUUCGAAUGGAUGCCAAGUUCUUAUUGAAGUUUCUUCGAGCGAAGAAGUUUAGCAUACCGCUGGCCCAGGAAAAUAUCGAAAGGUUCCUGCUGUUGAGAUUCAUUCGCGAUGGGAAUAUCUUCAUGAAUCUCGAUUGUCGUCUACCCAAGUUGGCCAAACUGUUGGAUUUGGGCUACAUGUUUGCCCUGCCGAAAAGGGAUAAAAAUGGCCGCCGAGUGAUGUUCUAUCGUCCAGGAGUGUUCGAUCUUAACGAGUUCUCAAACGACGAUAUGGUACGAGUGCAUGGCAUCUGUUACGAAACCAUUUUAGCGGACGAGGAGAAUCAGAUUCGCGGCAUUGUGCAUGCAGGCGUCGGUACCGGCAUUGGAUUGCAGUAUUUGACGCUAUUCACGAUCAAAGAGGCUGUCAGGAUCACGAAAAAUGGCGAACGACUGCUACCCAUGAGGCAUCAGGAGAUGCACGGAUGUAACAUAAAUCCGGCAUUGAAGAUUGCGGUGGAGUGGGGUCUAACCUUGAUUUCGGAAAAGCUGAGGAACCGGGUUCGAUUGUACACCGACAUCAAGGACAUCGACAUGGACAAGAGCUUGUUGCCAAAGGAGUACGGUGGCACUAUGCCGAUGGCGGAAAUGAUCAAGCUGUGGAAGGCCGAAGUCGAAGCGCAUAGAGCCACUUUGCUGAACGACGAUAAGAUGGCCGUUCAUUUGCACAUGUAUCCAGAGGCUGCCAGGGAAGGCUCGGUCAGUUCGUUGAAGCAGAAUUUGAACGGGUGUUCUGGGUUCAAGGAAAACAAUAGCACAUACGGUUUGGCAGGAAGUUUUAGGAAACUGGAAGUAGAUUGAAGUUCAAAAAGUUCUAUCUUACGUACUAUAGGUUAAGGUCAUAUUGUAAUUUAAUAUGUUUGUAGGGAUCAAUAAACGAGUAUACUGAAACAAAGAUA